AUGGCCGCCAACGAGUUUUACAACCAGGGUCCUCCGGGAGGAUACCAGGGCGGUGGCUACCCCCCGCAGGGUCACUAUCAGCAGCCCCAACAGCCUUACUACCCUCCACAGGGCUAUCCGCAGCAGCCAUAUCCCCAAGGACCACCACCGCAACAGAUGGUGUAUCAGCAGCAGCCUCCUAAACAGAAGAAGAGCCGCGGUUGUCUUGGAGCCUGUCUUGCAACCCUCUGCUGCUGCUUCCUCUGUGAGGAAACCUGCGAAUGCUGCUUCGACUGCAUUGAAUGCUGCGAAAUGUGUUAA